AUGUCUCAUUAUAUCGAGUAUUACAAUAAUCAGGCGGAAGGAGGUCACAUUGAAAAAUAUAAUAGAUUUGGUAAAGUUUAUGUUGGGUCUUAUCAGCAUGGACAUGGAAUAGGGGCCUUUCUCGGAGGGCUCUUUCGCAGAGUAGUCCCGUUUCUUGGUAAAGCAGCAUGUGCUAUAGGAAAAGAGGCACUUCAUGCCGGUGCUAAUGUGUUGAGUGAUUUCACAGCAGGACAAAUUCCUUUAAAACAGUCGUUGGAGCAUAGGCUUACAGAAUCAGGAUUACGUCUUAAAAGAAAGGCAUCAGAAAAAUUGGAUGAGAUCAUGAGGAGCUCUGGAUAUAAAAGAAAGCACAUACGCAAAAUUACUCCUAAAGCUACCAGAAGUGCAAAAAUUGUACAACCAAAUGGCAAAGUAGAUGAAAAAGAUUUUGUGGGCCCAGUAAAUAAUUUUUUACAUUCAAUGUUUAAUCAAGUAGAUGUGUUUUUCAAUCAAAAAAUGAUUUCCCCGCCCAAUAAUGCCUACGCUUAUAGGGCUUACAUGGAAACACUUUUAAAUUAUGGAGUUGACGCAAAGAAAAGUCAUCUAAAAAUGUCUUUAUGGUCUAUGGAUACCCGGGAUCACAUGGAUGCUGUAGUAGCACAGAAAAAUACUGCUCUAGAUGAACGUAUCGCUUAUUCGUCUAAAGGAAAAGAGUUUGAAUUGAUGGGACAUUUACAUUGUGAUUUUUUUAAUCAAGAUAAAUUUUUACUUAACGGAGUCGAAAUGAGAAUUCGAUUAAUCCGCUCAAAAAACGCAUUUUGUCUUAUGGAUGAAAGUGCAAAUAACUACAUUGUCAAGAUUUCAGAAGCAAUGUUAGUUGUCAGAAGAGUAAAAAUCAGUCCAAGUAUUUUGAUCGCUCAUGCGAGGACUUUGGGUCAAACAACAGCAAAGUAUCCGCUAACUAAAGUUGAAGUAAAAUCAUUUGUUUUAUCUCAGGGUAUACUCGGCAACACCAUUGAUGAUGUUGUAGUGGCUAAUCUAGCACGUUUUGCUAGUGCUCUUGAAGUUAAUAUGAACUGCGUAGUAUACUCGGAAUUUGAUAAUAUUUUACAAAUAGAUUCUUCAAGACAAGUUAUUGUAGAUUAUAACUGA